CAAGUGAAUGUAGUGACUGGUGUCACUUCUGGAUAAAAGUUAAAAAGAAGGAAGGCAGGGCAGGUUCAAAAGUUGAGAAGGUGGCUGGGUGACUAACAGAUGGAGAUCUGGGAGAGCCUCUUAACUCCCACUCACACCACUGUCCAACCGGAAAAUGUCACUUGGGCUUUUGGAGAUGUUGGGCAGAUGUUUCCUGUGAGUUUGCUAAAUAUGGAGAUGGUGCAAGUUGUAACUCCCCCUGGAUACUGCCUCUCUAACUUUAUUUCAGCCUUAGCCCAGCUUUUGGCAGGCACUGGGCUUUUGUGAGAACUAGCGUCAGACAGGAGCCCUGAAUCGUCCACCAGUCAGAAUUCUACCUGUUCUCAUUCUAUGAGCCAACCAACAGGUAGCCCCUGAUUGGGUACAGUAUGUAAGGGACCAGGAUCUGAGUGGAAAUUUUCCCCCUGUAACUUCUGUGCCCCUUGACCCUAGUUUUGCUCUGUGGGACUAAGGAAUGUACCUUGCUCCUUUCUGAGUUUGGUUUGUUGGAUUUUUCUGCAGUGGAAAAAAUAAUCUGGGGAAAGAUACUGAGUCACAUGUAGUCAGGAGAUGAUGAGAAACAGGCUCCAUAUUCUAGUUAGUGGCCGGAAAGACCAUUCUCAUUCCUGUAUUUAUUUUUCCACCCCAGCUUUUCCUGUCUUCUCUCCCUUCUCUCCUUGUGUUCUGCCAUGAGCUUUUCUCUGUCCCCUUGGAGGGGCAGUGCUCUUUGAAGUAGGACAUGUAUGGAGGGCAGAGGGUUAGUUGAUGCCCACUAGCUUGGGGUUUCCCCUCUGUUCCACUCUUCCAGCUUUGGCUAGGCAAUCAGCGGAUUAAUGCCUUGGCCAUGCAGUGAGGAUCUGGCUAUCUGCUCAUCCUUUUGGACUAGUUCAGGUACUCAGCAAUGCCUAUGUAACUGUCCAGGCCUGCCCUUCUCUGCCACUGCCACUAUAUAACAUGGGCCUAGGGCUGAUGUGCAUAUCCUCCAUGCCCCCCACCCAGGCCUGUCUUCAUUUAUCUGAACACUCACAGUCUCCUCCUCAGGAAGUGCCAGAGCCUAUAGUGGCUGUAGACAUGUGUGUGUGAGUGUGUGUUUGGAUGUCAGAAGCCUCAGCAGGAAAUGCCUCAUCACAGGAGCUCCUAUCAGCCUCCUUGAACAACAACGUGGGCUCACUGGCCCUUGGCUCCGACUCCAUUCACUCCCAGCCUCGCACACUGGACCAUGCAGGACCCCUGCGGCCUCAGCCUCCUCCUGUUCUACUGCUUCCUGGCGGGGAGCCUGGCGCAGGAUGACUAUGAUGGGGAGAAUAACAACGGAAAUGAAAGUGCAGAUGCCCACAACAAUGAGACCUCCUCAACCUCCAUCCUCUGCCCGAGGAGCUUCCCUGGUGAGAAGAUGAACUUCAAUAAUACCACCUAUCUGUGUAUUGGGACGGAAUCCAGGGAGUACCUGUUCAACUGGGUCUCCACAUCCUUGGUCCCUUCACUCUACACUUUUGUCUUCUUGGUGGGCUUGCCUGCCAAUGGCUUAGCUUUGUGGGUGCUGGCUACCAAGAUCCAGAGACUGCCUUCCACCAUCUUUCUGAUGAAUCUUGCCGUGGCUGAUCUGCUCCUUGUUCUGGUCCUACCCUUCAACAUCUCCUAUUACUUCAUGGGUCAUCACUGGGUCUUUGAGGAGGGACUCUGUCGCCUAGUGACUGCCUUUUUCUACGGAAACAUGUACUGUUCCAUGUUGCUCCUGGCCUGCAUCAGUCUGGACAGGUACCUGGCCAUUGUCCACCCGUUCUUCUCCCGUUCUGUGCGCAGCCCCACUUUUGCUGCCUGCCUUUGUGCCAUUGUCUGGCUUGGGGCAGCCUCCCUCUCCCUGCCCCUGGCUGUCCAGCGCCAGUCCUACCCAUUGCAUGGCAGUUCUGGGCACAUCCUGUGCCAUGAUGUGCUCCCCCAGGAUGAGCAGGCCAACCAGUUCCUGAAUAUCUUUGUCUGCCUUGUCGUUUUGGGCUUCUUCCUCCCACUGCUGGUCAUUCUCUUCUGCUAUGGUUCUGUCAUCUACGCCCUGGUGGUCAGUGGGGAAAGGUACAGCUAUGCCAUCAAACUCACUGUGCUGGUGCUGGUCUCAGCCGUCAUACUCUUUACUCCCAGCAACAUACUGCUGCUCAUCCACUAUUCUGACCCCAGGACCAAUGGCUUUGGAAACCUCUACUUCUGGUACAUUCCCAGCUUGGCCAUCAGCACCCUCAACAGUUGUGUGGACCCUGUCAUUUAUUACUACGUAUCUGAAGAAUUCAGGGACAAAAUAAAGAGAAAGUUUUGUCAGCAGAACAAGCACAUGCUCACAGUCCAGAAAACUUCUAAGGAAGAUGUCCCUGGGCUGGGUACCCGUUCCACAUCUCUGGUAUAGAAAUUCAUUUGAUGCACACAAGCUCUGGUCUGAAGAUAGGAGACAGUGGCUUUCUGACUCUUGCAUAGAAGGGCCUAUUUAUCUGUAUCAGCCCCAAGGGAAUCUCCCUUGUCAUUGCCUCUCAGUUCUCUGUGGUCCCACCUUCAUCCUUGCCACAGUAAACUUUGGAAAGAUGAGAGGGCUUAAGCAUGAGAGCUUCUGCACUCUGCCCCCUGCUUCCACUUCAUCAAGAGGACUUUCACCUUGAAGACCCAACUCCAUUUCCAGGGAGGUCCAGGACACUGUUCCUUAUUGGAUAUGUACUGAUGGAUCUGAGGCUGUCUGUGCUAAGAAAGAGAAAAUUUGGUGGGGCAAGAAGUUAUGGUAGGGUGGGUGAUGGGUGGAUCUGCCUUCUAGUGAUUGAUGAAAGAAAGAAGAUUAUGAUAUUCUACUUGGUCAAAGAAGGAAGAAACAGGACCAGAGCUUGGGGAGGGACUUGUAUACAGAUUUUGACCAAUGUGUGAAAAAAUCUCCUCAUGAGAAGAGCUGCCAAAAAGUAGAAUGGGUGCCCAGGAGGAGGUGAGCUCCUAGAGAUACUGAAGGAAAGGAGGAUGACUUGGCAAUGUGAUGUAGUUAUGUCAUACCAUGCUUCAGGCAAGGAGUUGAAAUUCCCCACCACCUCCAACUUCCCAUGCCUUGUUUUCUUGAGGUUGAUGUCUGCAGGACUUGAGAUCUAUCUCUAAGGGGGUGUUGCGUUGCUACCUGAACUAUCAAGAUCCCAUAUUUCUCCUUCCUCAGGGGAGGUUGUUCCUGCUGGCUGGGUUUAUUCUGCCCAUAAAUCACUCCAUCUUUUCUUAUGGUUAUGGCUGUAGAGAAGGCUCUACUGAAUGGAGAACUGAUUAAAGCCCAAUCAGAUUCUAAUCAGGUUCUUCUUGUGUGACUCAGCAAAUAAAAGUAAAGGUUCAUGACUAA